AUGCUAGAGAAGAGACUUGAGGCUCAUAGACUGACUUCUGUGCCGCUGAGGAACAAGCCUAAUGACCCUGCCUCCAAUCCGCUCUACCAUGAAGGGGCUGGGUUUACAGCAUUCGGUUAUACUGGGGCCUCAACCGUAUGGAUUGUCAUUGGACGAGACAAUUAUGCCGCAGUAUUUGAACAAUGGCAUCUUGGAUUCUUCCAGAAAGAAUACACUCCCACAUAUCGAGGCUUCAAAAGCCACUUCGGAUACUGGCUGGGAAAGGAGGACUACUUCGAUCACGUGGCAGACGAUACGUAUUCAGGUUUGGACUUCCGUCAGGAUAUGAACGUGGUGCGGAAUGAGAACGGAAGCUACAGUACGGAACUCUUCUCGUCUGCUGCUGAGAACAUCAUCCGCUCUCACAAUACCUCUGAGCCUCUGUUUCUGUACUUGGCUUACCAAGCAGUCCAUGCCGGAAAUGGUGGCAAAGACAAGGCAGUGGAAGCUCCGGCCAAAUAUGUCAACAGGUUUCUGAAUAUCCAAAAUGAAAAGAGACGAAUCUUUGCCGGCAUGGUGUCAGCUCUCGACGACUCCGUGGGUAACGUCACUCGGGCGCUACGAGAAUCUGGAAUGAUGGAAAACUCUGUUAUAAUUUUUACCACGGACAAUGGAGGACCAGCCAAUGGGUACGACGGGAAUGCUGCCUGUAACUAUCCCCUCAGAGGUUUAAAGAACACCAUGUGGGAGGGAGGGGUCCGAGGAACUGGAUUUGUGUACAGCCCUCUUCUGCAGAACACAGGCUAUGUCUCCAGUCACAUGAUGCACGUGGCGGACUGGCUGCCCACGAUCUACAGGGUGGCGGGCGGAGACCCCAGUGAAAUGACGACAAUAGACGGCUAUGACAUGUGGGACGUUCUCAACUCCCGUGGGGCUGACGUCAGGAAGGAGAUUCUUCACAACAUCGACCCCAUCCAGAACUUCUCCUCGAUUCGCGUUGGCGACUUUAAACUGGUCACGGGGGACAUAUCCAACGGGCGUAACGAUGGCUGGUAUGGAUGCACGCCUCCUGGGGACGACACGCCCUCUGGUGGCGACAUUGUUGAACCUCAAGCAAUGGACAGCAACCCUGUCACAUUCAGCUCAGAAGACAUUCCUAUCGUCCUAAAGUGCGGUCCAAAGCCUUCAAACCUUUCAACAAAUUGCAUGCCAAAGAAAGCUCCUUGUUUAUUCAACAUUCCCGUUGAUCCCUGUGAAUACCACAACAUCGCGGAUCAAAAUCCAAACCUUGUUGAGAUGCUUCUCCAGAAAAUCGAAGACUAUAGGAAAACGUCGGUUCCACCGCGAAACAAACCAACCGAUCCUAAUGCCAACCCCAAGUACUACGACGGGGCCUGGAGUUGCUGGAUGGACAAACAGACCUUCUAACAUUUAAUAAUUCUCAUUACGUAUUUCGCAUUGUGUUGCUAUUUUAUUGAAGAACUGGAGUCCCUAGCUUGUUUUCUGGUAUUAUAGCAACUGUCCAUGGACAACAAAUAAUCUCUGGAAUGGGAAAAACGUAUAAUAUUUGGAACUCAUUUUAAUUAGAAGGAAUUGUCUCUUCCUAAUGGCAUAUAUACGGGAAACCGUAUACGAUAACCGAAACGAUACCGUAUCUGCGAUAACGAAUACGUUCUUCCGCGUCUUUCACAAGCCCUUUGCUCUAUGUACCAUGACCUAUUUAGCCCAAACAACAGUAACAUUUAACGUGAUUGCCAUAUACCGUGACUGCCGCUUAACAGCUAACGGGAGUCAAAUGGUUGUUUGCAGUUCAUGUUGCUAAUGAAUAACGUAUUAAAUUGCAGAAAAUUCACACAGUCUUCUCGUGGUAUGUAUAAGUACAGUCACUAUUACCUCAUUUUGCACACUGCCAAUUAUUUGUCAUAUAA